GCAAAGAUGGCCAGCGCAAAGCAAAAUUACAAAUCAGGUCAAGCCCAUGGACAAGGCCAGACUGAAGAGUGGGUUCAAUCCACAAAGGACACAGCCAAUACAGCCAAAGACAGGACAGCUAGUGCAGCUCAAUCUGCUAAAGAUAGGACAGCCAGUGUAGCUCAAUCAGCUCAGGAGUCUGCCCAACAUGGAAAGGAUCAAAGUGCUGGCUUCCUCCAGCAGACCGGAGAACAGGUGAAGAACAUGGCUCAAAACGCUGUAGACAGUGUGAAGAACACGAUUGGAAUGGCUGAAAAUAAUGCUAAGAAAUGAAAGAAAACACUUAUGUGUCUCUCAUAUUAUGAUGUUACAUUAAUGGAUUUAGGUUGUUUUUUUUUUUGUUUGUUUUUUCACCUAGGUUUUUGCUCAACCUGACUAACAGGGAAAAGCAACAUCGCAGU